UUGUUGGCAACACUAGGUCACCGCGCGCCCGCUAGCUUCAUGGCGUCGGUAAUAAUUUUCGUCAAUAAAAAAAGAAAAACUAGUUAGCAUAGUUCUAAACUUGUAAAUAACAUUAAGCUUUACUUUAAACUAUGUGGUAAUAUUUAAAUGUAAGUUUAGUGAUAAUUUUGUGAUAAUGGCUGAUAAAACAAGUGAAUGGCGACCCGGGCCCACGGUUUGUCGGUGUUGUCUCGCUGAAGGCUGUUACAAAGACAUUUCCACUGAAUAUUUUUGGAUGGGAAAGAGGGAAGUCUACGCUGAGAUGUUAGCAGAAACCUUCAGUGUCUCCAUUGCAUACUCAAAGUCAGGCGGUCCUAACAGCAACAGCCGUCUUAUCUGUGAACCAUGCAUAUCCCGUCUCCGAGAUGCUUCAGACUUUAAGAAGCAGGUGCAGGAGUGCGAGAAGACCUUUAUGCAAUACUUGGACCCUGGCAGUAGUUCUACCACUUUGGAAUCAGAAGUACAAACUAGCUCAACGGAUAAACGGGUGAAGGUCGAACAAGUAAAAAUCGAGAGGCAGUUCAGUGAUGAUGAGUUUGACAGUCGGGACUUUGGUGAUGAUGAUGAUGAUGAUGAUAUGGAUCAGCCGCUUACCACAUUCGCCAGUAAAGAACCGAAAAAAGAAACAGUUAACCUUAUGGAGUUGCUGGCAAGCCCGCAGUUGUCCGUCAAAAGGAAGGCCCCGGCUCAAACUAAAACUGUUUCCGUCAAAAAGGUGAAGGUCAUCAAAAAAGAUGCUAGAGGCAAACCGACCACUAGCAAGGCUGCCCAGAAAAAUGAGGACAAGAAGAAAAAAGGGCGGAGGAUGAAAAGAGACGCGUUAAGCGACGCGGAUAGUAAACCGAAACAGAAACUGUUUGAGAGAUCGGUUAACCAGAACCCCCGUAAGCAAAACGCGGUGUUGACCUUAAAAUAUUCCACUGCCUUCCCUUUUAAGACGCGUUUCAAUCGUAUCAUUUGCUCGUACUGCCACGACGAGUUCGAUAUAAUGGCUUCGCUGAGGGAGCACAUGAAAAACGAACACGCCAACGCUGAUUUCAAUAGCGCCUUCUACAAGGUUGACGUGUUGAAAGUCAAUAUAACAGAUUUUAAAUGCACGAUUUGCGAACAGACGAUGAGUGACGUUGAAACGUUUAUGGCUCAUAUUUCGCGGGAUCACGGUAUAUCGGUUAACUUUGACGUGCCUUUCGGCGUUCUGCCAUAUCGUCAGGACUCGACCGGCAUGUGGACUUGUCUGAAGUGCGACAAACUGUAUCCCGAGUUCGCCCAAAUCAACGGUCACAUACGUACUCACGUUAAAAUUUACACGUGCGAGAAGUGUGGCGCCACGUUCUUGUCGGAGCACGGUUUACGCCAGCACGAAAGGAACUUAAAAUGCUACAAGCUGACAUACAAGCCACGUUUCGGGAAAGCGUUGAAACAUCGGAGCAACGCGGAAAUUAUCCUGCAAUGCUCCACAGCGACGCCGUUUCGGACCUGGGGUCAGAAUUUUAAUUGCGUCCUCUGCAGGGUGCAGUCGUACGACCCGAACGGCCUGAGAAUGCACAUGGCGAGCCGUCAUGCGACUUACGACAUUGAGCACGUGUUCAGCAGAAAACUACGUAAAGAGUUCCUCAAGGUUGACAUUACCGACCUUCAGUGUAAGCUGUGUUUCAUGCCGAUCGAUACCUUGGACGAAUUGCUCUCUCACCUCCGUAACGACCACAAGCAGCCUAUAAACGCGGACGUCCAACCCGGCGUCCUUCCUUACAAGCUAAACGACGGCUCUGUGUGGAAAUGCGCCAUAUGCAAAGCGCAGUUUACAGAUUUUAUAUCUCUCAAGAAGCACACGUCGGAGCACUAUCAGAAUUUUGUUUGCGACACCUGCGGGGAGGGCUUUAUAACGGAAUCGGCGCUCUUGGCCCACACCAGGAUACCGCACGACAACAAAUACUCGUGCAGCAGAUGCGUCGCAACGUUCUCGACCCUGGAGGAGAGGAAUAUGCACGUUAAAACCCAGCACACGAAUUCGCCGUACAUGUGCGCGUACUGUAAAGAUAGACCAAGGUUUACAACUUGGGAGCUCAGGAAGCGGCACCUCAUGGAGUUCCACAAUUACAGGGCCGGCGCCGAUAUUUACGAGUGCAUGACUUGCCACAUGACUUUCAAGACGAGGUCGCAGAAGUACCACCACAACGUGAAAGCGCACAGGACCAAGAAAGAGUCUGAAUACAGCUAUCAGUGCGGCAGCUGUUCGAGGGCUUUUGCUUCUAAGCUUUCCCUUGACAAGCAUAUCGCGAAAAAGCAUUUUCAUGUUUGACAAUAAGUAUUUGAGCCGUUUCGUAUGUAAUUAGUGGCCUUGAGUGCAGAUUUGUGGCGUUUGUAUGGUUAUCGUAGCAGACUGACGUUAAUAAUUUGACGAGAUAUUUCGUACGUAAUUAGUGGCGUUGAGUGCAGAUUCGUGGCGUUUGUAUGAUUAUCGUAGCAACCUGGGGUUUUUAAGUCCAAGGUUAGGUUAUUAAAUGAUAUUUCGUACACAGAAUCAAGGGCUACUGCGGUAAAUACAUUGUGUGAUGUCCUUUGUCUUCGGUAAAUGCUAUUACUACCGGCUGGUCUGUGUGCAAGCUGGCCUAUCUAAGCGAAACUCUUGUUCAUAGUAAAAGUCAUCAGUUUUACUGGUGGGUGGUAGGACGUAUCCUGAGACCCAUCUUUAUUAUCCCACCGCUGAAUUGUCUGUAAAAAUGAGUUGCCAAUGGCGAUCGAAAACUGAGAUUGUGGUCUAGAUAUUGUCGAAAUUAAUAACUAAAAACAUAGGCACUAUUUUCACUGCACGCAAAAAGUUUAAAGUAAAUAUUUUUAUUUUUAAACAAUAUUUCUUUUAAGAGCGGUUAUACAGAGAUUUUAUGUACACUCAUGUACAUAAAUUAUUUUACAACUUCAAUUUUAGCUCACGAUCCUUUGACAAAUUUUGAUUUAGUGAGAUUUAUAUAAAUAGAGUUAAAGUAUCAUAAUAUAAUGUAUUUAAUUUUGGUAGUUUGAAGGUCGGAACCGGCGUUACUCUGAAGAAUUGAUGCUUGGAGUUCAAGACUCACAGACAUUCACGUUGUGAGCUCCGUAAAUAAUUUAGGUGCUUUGAGUAAGCAUCGACAUAACAAGAAAAAUUACUGAGCCUAUUACUGGUUGUAUUAUUGUAGGUUACUGCUUUGAUCUCGACACUAAAUGAAAAUAUACAUUUUUUUUUAAGGGAUUUAAUGGCCUGGUAACUGAGACCUUUAAGUCAUGUCUUAUUUUAAUUUAUAUUCAUAUUUUUAUGAAAAAUGAUAAUAAGGAGUGAAAUGAAAUGAAAAUGAUUAAUUUGAGACAUUAAUCAACUGGGAUGAAAUUAAAUGAAAUGAAUUGAGAUGAUAUGGAAUGAAAUAUAAUCUCAGUAAAAUGGUGGUCAUUUACUAAGAUUUUUUCAGUUGGCUUUUUGGAGGAUCCCGAGAAGCUACGUCCUGCGGCUUUGUUUCAUUUUCCCACAUUUGUGCACUUUCACAAAUAUUAAACAGUUAAUAAACCACCAUUAUUACACAUUUAAAUCCGAAGAAACACUAAAUAGACAAAAUAAAACAAAUCACACAACUUCACUCCUCGCGUUCCCGCCAAAAAGUCUGAAAAUAUACAGGACCCAAUAAUAAAAAAUUGUACAUCGACUUUUAGAAAGAGACAGACGGAUGAUUUCGGUCGUACUAGUUGCACAACACAAGUGAAAUACGUCACGCAAUUAGUGUGACAGAGAUAACGCUCUAUGAAGUUGUAGUUGGCCGACUGUCUCUUUCUAAAAGUCGAUGUGCUAUAUUUAUCGGUGGGUACUGUACGUUCGUUUUCAUUCAAAUUUAGUUCUUAAUGUCAUUAUGCGUUAAUUCGUUUUAGAUUACAUCGUUCGCAUGUAUCGUAAUAAAAUGACACUUAAAAAAACAUCUUAAUUCGAUGUAUUUAAAAUUGGUAGUCGGACCUGUUAAAGAUCAUGAGAAAUUUAGGAUGCAGGACACGUCAUUACGGCGAAUCUUGGGAAAGGAAACUUGUGGGGUGACGAUUUUUUUUUUAUUAUAUAUUAUAUUCUCGGUACGCGCCCGACAACGGAAACAGUAAAUACGUAUUAUGUGAGAAUGUAUGUUUUGGAAAAAAAAAAUGUCUUCUUUCGUAAUCAUCUUUUUACGAUUCUCGAUAUUGUAGAUAGUGGUGUUAAUGCUAAUGAAAUUACGCGGUGCCAGAGUAUCGGUCACGAAACCGAAUUUGCCAUAAAUGCCAUCAUAUGAUUUGCCAAUUGCAACAUGGAUUAAUUUACUAGAUGUGUGCCUAGUGCAAGUUUUAUAACAUUCUCGAUAGCGUAAAAGUUACUCUAAUUUUGUAUGCAGCUGGAACAGCGCCCCUAGCGGCAAACGUAGGCAAACGAUCCCAUUGCCCACCUGAUGGUGAGUGGUUACCGUCGCCCAUGGACUUCAGCAAUGCCAGGGGCAGAGCCAAGCCGCUGCCUACCGCUUAAUACAAAUGUUCGGUUCAUCCACUUCCUAGCCGUAGAUUUGAGAAACGUUUCUUUCUUUCACAAUAAAUAUCAAAAUUUAAGAAAACACCCACACACAUUUCAAAAAUCCGCUCUCAGUUACGCAUACCUAAUGCGUGCACGGAUACCUAGUUCUAUGGAUUACAAAUUUUGUUGCAGUUUUUUUCCGCGACAAUUUUGUAACAUUGUCGGUUUUAAAAUCAGUCGCGGGAAAGAACCGCAAGUGUGGCCGCUUGUAAUCGUUUUCGUGUUUCGUAAACUCACACGGUUAAUAACCGCUACGGUUUCACCGUAGUGCGGCCUAGGCCUUAGAUUGCUGGCACCCGUAAUUUCUUAAGUGUAGCGUUUUAUUACAUUUCUAUUUCUAAUUCUCUAUUUUCUCGAUGACAGCUUCUGUGGAAACUUGAACGAGCGUAUUUUUUACAUUAUGUACACAUCUAUAUCUAUACUAGUAUGUAAAUCUAGUGGUUUUUACGGAUGUUCCGUUAUAACUUCUGAACCAUGCAUCCGAUUGACUUAAAACUUGGUAUCCAUGUAGAAAAAUACAUGUAUUUAAUGGAUAGGCUAAUAUUUAUAUGAUUGUUGGACUCCCUAUACCGGUUGCGGGGGCGAUAAUGAGGAGAAUUUUAGUGGGUAUGAGAAAUAAUAAUGUUAAUUUUAAAUGCCUAGCGAAGCGGACGGGUACAGCUAGUUAUUACAUAUAUAAAAAUAUGACGCCUACGCACGUACAAGGUCAUAGCAGAGUCGGAGAUAUAGUAAAACUAUGGAGGGUAGAGGUAAGGAGAACCGUCUGUGUGUGUGAAAAAGUGUCCGUUAAAAUGUGCUAGAUAAGGGUGGCGCUACAGUAGCAACCGGGUAAAUUUAAAAAAAGGCGCUGAAAGUUAUUAGAAUAAGAUAGAGAAAUAAAAAAGGACGAAAGAACUGUAAGCACUAGAAAAUCACAAAAAGUAUUUUAUUUAAAGCUGAUAAGAAAAUGCAUUCGAUGUCUCCACGUUUUACCACAGCAAAAAUUUUUUGUCAAUAUAACGAAAUUAGUUUGGACUACGUAAACAUGUGAGGUCUUGUAUAUUACACUGUCACUAACCACUCUAGUCAUUAAAUAUAUUAAAUUUCCUAACUCAGCAUACUUCAAUCAGUUAAUAACUGCUCAAUUCAUAUCAUACCCUGUGCCUAUGUCAGCGCCAUUCUGGAGGAUUUUUGAACUGUUAUUUAGUGCUGAAAGUGGGACACUUUUUCAAGCUUAUAGGAUAUGAGACGGUUUCUUUACCUCUACCCUCCAUAAGUUAAACUAACGUUUUCUGUAUUUUGGCUUCCGGUUGUGUUUCUCUUGCACACUUUUUGUAAAUGAUAUGAAGUAUUAAUUCUAAAAAAAAGUAUUUCGUAACUUAUUGAUUCUGUUGUAAAAAAAACUGGUGUACUAGUAAAUUGAAUGAAUGUGAUUUCAAGUAGUGGUAUGUUAAAUUAUUGUACAUUUUAAUAUAUAAUAAUAAUAUAGAAUUAAAAUUAUAGGCGAUUGCAAA